AUGGCUGAACUUCAACCUACCGAUACCGUCCUCGAUCUUGGCUGCGGUGUUGGCUGGAAUACUCAUCUUGCUGCGCCGUCCUGCCACUAUGCCAUUAGUGUUGACAUCAGCGGCAGAUCUUGUGUACACGCUGUCAGGGGUGCUGCUCACCAACAGCUCAGCAACGUCGCCUUUGCCAAAGCUGACAUCACCAGCUUCAAUACCCUCCGCCAUGGCAUUCAGACUGCCCGAAACUGGACCAACCUGGUACUCAAACUACCUCAUUUGACCCCAGGCUCCACAUACCAAGGACCCACAGCCAACGUCCCUCAUCCUACUCCUAUUCAGUUUAAUGUUGUCUUUAUCUGCUGGGUUAUCCAGCUCCUCGAACCCGAUCGCCGCCGUACAUUACUCACGAUGAUACGCAACCACUUCCUCCUUCCCGAUGGUCGUAUUGUACUCACCUGGCCAUCUCCCUCCACCUACGGAGCAACUCUUGGCAUCGCCUAUCGUAUUACUCCCACCCCCGCACCGCCACGAGACACAGUCAAACUGGCCCUCAAGGAGUAUAUUGCCCAUGAGAACGAUGAGAGACUUGCUCAAGAUGAGCUCAACCAGAUAGCACACGCCCUUCGCCUUCGAGUCACAACCCACCAAUUCCCUCCCUGGCAGGAAAUGGGCAUGGCCGACAAACGUCCUGGCAUCCUUCGAGCGGCCCAAGCGUUGUCCCGGACAGAUCAGCCGGUCCAUCAAUGGCUCCAGCAGGCACGGGCAGACCGAUACCACAGUCUUGAGGUUCGGCUUAAUACCAUGCCAACAAAUACCACUGGCUUCCCCGAGGAUGUUCGCGAAUACCGUCGUGUACGACUGGCGCUCCAGCCUGGCGAGGAUAUUGACACUAUGGCGCAGAGCUCCAACACUGAGGUCCUUGCCAUUCUCACCCGCAAGAAGCGCCGCUAG